CACCUCCCCGGCGCUGGUUGAGGGCGAGGUGACGGCUGGGAAACGGGAGCUCGCCGGUUUCAUGGCGGCCAUGUCGGAUCGGAAGUGAAGUGAAGGAGAGAAGCGAGAGCUGAAGGAAAAAUUACAGUAACCGGCCGCCAGGAACGGAAACCGCUUUCCCAUAGUUGGGAGAGAAGGACCAGCCAUCGAUAACGAGGGGGAAAGAAGCGGCGUUGGGGGGGGAAAGUUUCGAUAUUUCGGAUGGUUUAACAUUUCCCCCCCCAAUACAAUAUAAAAGGGACAAUGGCGGAUCCGGCGGAGUGCAGCAUAAAAGUGAUGUGCCGAUUCAGGCCGCUGAAUGGUUCGGAAGUCCAACGCGGUGAUAAAUGUAUCUGCAAAUUUCAUGGGGAAGAAACGGUGGUGGUCGGGGGCAAAUCCUACAUGUAUGACCAUGUUUUUCAAUCAAAUUCAACGCAAGAGCAAGUAUACAAUGCCUGUGCAAAAAAUAUUGUCAAAGAUGUACUUGAUGGAUAUAAUGGUACAAUAUUUGCCUAUGGGCAAACGGCCUCCGGUAAAACUCACACAAUGGAGGGAACACUUCAUGAUUCUGAUUGUAUGGGAAUAAUUCCCAGAAUAGCCCAAGAUAUUUUUAAUUAUAUUUACUCCAUGGAUGAAAAUUUGGAAUUCCACAUCAAGGUUUCAUAUUUUGAAAUUUAUUUGGACAAGAUUAGGGAUCUUUUGGAUGUAUCCAAGACCAAUCUCUCUGUCCAUGAAGAUAAAAAUAGAGUACCUUAUGUGAAGGGUUGCACCGAACGUUUUGUUUGCAGUCCCGAAGAGGUCAUGGAUACAAUUGAUGAAGGAAAAUCCAACAGACAUGUAGCAGUUACAAAUAUGAAUGAACACAGCUCGCGUAGCCACAGUAUCUUUCAAAUUAAUGUCAAACAAGAAAACACUGCAACAGAACAGAAGCUAAGUGGCAAGCUUUACCUGGUUGACUUGGCAGGUAGUGAGAAGGUUAGUAAAACAGGAGCAGAAGGUGCAGUUUUAGAUGAAGCCAAGAAUAUCAACAAGUCUUUGUCAGCAUUGGGGAAUGUCAUUGCUUCUCUAGCAGAUUCAAGUGGAUAUGUACCGUACCGUGACAGCAAAAUGACAAGGAUUUUGCAGGAUUCACUGGGUGGUAACUGUCGAACUACAAUAGUUAUUUGCUGCUCUCCAUCAAUCUAUAAUGAAGCUGAGACGAAAAGCACAUUGAUGUUUGGUCAAAGAGCCAAGACCAUUAAGAACACCGUGACAGUUAAUGUUGAGCUAACAGCAGAACAAUGGAAGAAAAAAUACGAGAGAGAAAAAGACAGGAACAAAACCUUGAGAAAUACUAUACAGUGGCUUGAAAAUGAGCUCAAUAGGUGGCGCAAAGGUGAGACUGUACCUCUGGAAGAACAGUAUGACAAAGAGAAAAACAAAGAAGCACUUGAGAUUGUUCUCACAAAUGACAAAAUAGAUGAAACUCCCACUGUCAAACUCACUGAUGCAGAAAAACUGAAGAUGGAUUCAGAUAUUUCCAAACUGUUCAAGCAGCUUGAUGAUAAGGAUGAGGAGAUCAACCAGCAGAGCCAGUUGGUGGAAAAACUUAAAAAUCAAAUGUUGGACCAGGAAGAACUUCUGACAUCCACCAGACGAGAUCAAGAUAACAUGCAAUCAGAGCUGAAUCGCCUGCAGGCUGAGAAUGAUGCCUCCAAAGAGGAAGUGAAGGAGGUGUUGCAAGCUUUGGAAGAACUUGCAGUGAACUACGACCAGAAAUCACAAGAAGUUGAGGACAAGACGAGAGAUUUUGAGUUAUUAAGUGAUGAACUGGGUCAAAAAUCGGCUACGUUGACAUCAAUUGAUGCAGAGUUGCAAAAACUGAAGGAAAUGACCAAUCACCAAAAGAAACGAGUGACUGAAAUGAUGACUUCAUUGUUAAAGGAUCUUGCAGAAAUUGGAAUUGCAGUUGGAAACAAUGAUGUUAAGCCUGAAGGAAGUGGCCUCCUGGAUGAAGAAUUUACAGUGGCACGGCUGUACAUUAGUAAAAUGAAAUCUGAAGUGAAGACCAUGGUAAAACGCUGCAAGCAGUUGGAGGGUACGCAGGUCGAGAGUAACCAGAAAUUAGAAGAGAAUGAAAAGGAACUGGCAGCUUGUCAACUUCGUAUCUCCCAGCACGAGGCAAAGAUCAAGUCGCUCACUGAAUACUUGCAAAAUGUUGAGCACAAAAAGAGGUAUCUGGAAGAGUCUGUUGAUUCAUUGAAUGAAGAUUUGGUGAAGCUUCAAGCGCAAGAAAAAGUACAUGAAAUGGAAAAGGAGCACUUGAACAAAGUACAGACUGCAAAUGAAGUGAAGCAAGCUGUAGAGCAGCAAAUGCAGAGCCACCGUGAGACUCACCAAAAACAGAUCAGCAGUUUACGGGAUGAGAUUGAAAAGAAGGAGAAACUCAUCACUGAUCUUCAAGAUCAAAAUCAGAAAAUGAUGCUGGAGCAGGAACGGCUACAAGUAGAGCAUGAAAAGCUAAAAAGUGUGGAUCAGGAGAAAAGUCGUAAAUUACAUGAAUUAACUAUUAUGCAGGAUCGGCGAGAGCAAGCAAGGCAGGACCUCAAAGGACUUGAAGAGACUGUGGCAAAAGAGCUCCAGACACUCCAUAAUCUUAGGAAGCUUUUUGUUCAAGACUUGGCCACGAGAGUCAAAAAGAGUGCUGAAAUGGAUUCUGACGAUACUGGUGGGAGCGCUGCACAGAAGCAAAAGAUCUCCUUUCUUGAAAACAACCUUGAACAGCUCACCAAGGUUCACAAACAGUUGGUACGAGACAAUGCAGACCUUCGGUGUGAGCUUCCAAAACUGGAGAAACGCCUCCGAGCUACAGCUGAAAGGGUCAAGGCUUUGGAGUCCGCAUUGAAGGAAGCGAAGGAGAAUGCAGCUCGAGAUCGUAAACGCUACCAGCAGGAAGUGGAUCGCAUCAAGGAAGCUGUGCGAGCAAAGAACAUGGCAAGGAGAGUGCACUCCGCACAGAUUGCUAAGCCCAUUCGUCCUGGUCAACCCCCAAUGGCAUCACCAACUCAUCCAAGUGCAAUUCGUGGGGGCGGUGGAUUCUUCCAGAACAGUCAAGCGGUCGCUGUACGUGGAGGUGGUGGAGGUGUAAAAUCAGAUAAGUUUGUCCCUGGAGGGGUGCCUAAUAAUGCUGAAAUUGGAGAUAUUGGGUUCUUGCCUACGUCUGUUAAAGAUGACCCGCGAGAUAUAAAUGAUAAUAGCUGCUAAAGAAACAACAUAAUCAAAGCGCAACAGAUAUCAUCCAACAACCCCAUCAUUCCAAGGCAGUGUGAACUCUACAACUUAGACUUUUCACAGGAAUAUUUUUGGAAGAAUAAAACAAAAAAACUGGCCUGUACAGCUACAUCCUUGCAAAAUAAAAGUGCAAUGUCGGCAUCUUGCAAAUACUACAUGUGAUUUAAUGUGUAGCUUCAUUGCACAGUACAUUGUCAUUCAUGUCUUAAAUUUAGUCUGCACUGUGCCAAGUUGAAUGUACGUUGUUGCAGGAAAACCUUAGCAGAAAAUUGAAGCCUAAUUUGUGUAUAUUUCAUUGUUUUAGGAUUUGUGAAACAAUGUCGCCAAGUAGAUUUGAUAAGCUUGUUUUACAAUGGGGGUAAAAUGAUUUGGAGGAACCCAGCUAUAGCCCUUGUGUAAACUAAGAUAGUACUUGAAGUUUUCUUGAAAUGGGAUUUUUAUCUUGGUUUAAGAUGAAGAGUAGUACAAUUUGCAUACUGAAGGUGCAUUUAUGACUGUGGUUAGAGCAGAGAGCUAGGGUAGUUCAGAAAAAGCUGCUAAUAAAAUACUGGAAUGUUUUGAUGAGAUUGUUUAACAUGAAAAUAUCGCAUUGUCUGACUAAAGUUUGGGAAGAGCAGAUUAAACUAUGCUGAAAGCAUAUUGCUGACCAUAAAUGAACAAAGAAAGUUAAAAGGCAUUUUAUCUGAAGAUGGAAGAAUGUGCAGCUGCAUGUCCUGUCCAGAUUCUUUGGGAUUUAUUUUUGAAUGCUUGACUAAGGGUCAGUGUUUCACUAUUGGGCUUACCGUAUAAUGAAACAACAUUAAAAAGAGCAUUUGAGUUAAGAAAUUGCACUUGUUCUGGUUGUACAAUUGGUUUUAGUUGAAGUGCAAAUAAUAUUUUUUAAAUUUGAAAUGUUAAUUUCUUUUCAAGCCUUGAACAUUUUGCUGUCAUCUAUUAAUUUUUUUCAAUACUUGGUUCGUGCUCUGGAUCACUAGACUCUGUUUAGUGCAGCCUGUGGAAAGGAGUCACAAAUGGGAAAUCUGUGCAAAUUUGCAGUACCAUUUUAUCAUCAUUGGUUCUUUAUAGGUAAAUUAAUACAUUAAAUGCUUGUGUUUAAACUAUCUCGGUCCUUAAAAAAUAAAAUGGUAUCCAUAAGUAAUAUAGAUUCUACAAAUAUGCGGAAUAAAAUGCUGGUUAUUAACCCAAGUCUAAAGGGAAGGAACAAUUUAAUGUAUGAAAUUGGAUAACUGAGAAUCAAUUCUUGGAAUAAAUGAGAAAGCAAUACAAGCUGUUGAACACAGCCUUACUGAAGUGUACUCCAGGACUUCUCAAAUGGGUAUAAGCGUUGUUGUUAUGUACCUUCAAAAGAUGAUAUUUGGAGCUUCAUUAAUACAUUGGUCUUUGUUGCCAAUUCAAUUGGGAUGUGUCACAUUGCAUGUAACUAAAGGCAGAAAGCUAUUUGUCCUGAGCUCAAUAUAUUACGCGUUGUGUCACUGUUAAUGGCUUUGUUUAUUGGAUUUUUGAAUAAAUUAAUUGGUAUGCAAAGAAAAAUGCACUCUUCAGGUAAAUGGAUGUUUGGCAGAUAGUACAGCUUAAAUAACUAAACCUAGACACUAAAUUUAUAAAAUCACAUUUAUUAAUUUGAUUACAGUAUUUCUGUCUCAAUUUUCCAGCUCCUUAUUGUAUUAAACUUUGCAGUUGCUGGAAGCUGACCAACAAAUCAGUCGGUAAAGCAACCGUGAGAUAAACAUAGUACAACCAUGUUUCAGGUACCAGUGAAGGUCAGUUUGUAUCUAGGGCCUUUAUGUUUCAAGAUUAAACCAAAGGUUCCUGACAUUUUAAAUGCUGAUCAGCCAGUCAGUGUAUCUGGACAAAAUUCUCUACAAAUGCUGUAUUCAUUCAUAGGACUGAAAUAAACAUCCUCAAAUGUUACGAUUUUUUUUUCACCUUGUGGCUUUCUCUUUUUUUGGGGGGUAUUAAGGUAUUUAAACCUUAAUAAAAACUAAGCUAGUUGUCCAAGACAAAAUGUAAUACUGUUUUUGUAAGUUUCUCAUUAAUGCAAUAACCAUCUUGAUUUUGGAGAUUUAUAUGUAUGGCUUUCGGUUCAGGAGGGGAAAUCUGUGCUCUCACUUAACGGUAGGUGCAGUCACUGCAUGAGGGAUAAUACUAGUUUAAGGACCAAUUUUUUUUUUUGAUAUUGCAAUCUUUGUGCAGUUCUAAUUUGUGACAUAUGUAUCAAAAUUGCCAUUGCAAGUCAUCUGGACAGGCCUGUGAGUUGUGUCUUGAAAACAAAUGUAUUAUUUGUUGAAUAGUAAAUGCCUUGCUGUCCUGGUUGCAUUGCAGCGUACUCUUCAAGUGCUUAUUGUAAGCUUGUUCCUCACAUCUUGUAGAAAUAAUCGAGUUUAUGCUUUCAAACCAUUUGAAUAAAAACCUACUAUUUAUUCAUGGUGAUCAACUAAAUUAUUUGCAUUAUUUAAACAAUGCUGAAGAAAUUACUGUAAUAGUUCUAAAUUUGACAUGAGAUGACACUAAGGUAUCCGCCUGUGGAAUAUGGUGCAGAAUAAGUCGGACAGCAGAAGGCACAUAAAAUUCUGUUUUGGUUAAGCCAUCAUUUAGUUUUGACUGACUGCAUGCUGUAAAUGUAUUUGUGUUUAAAUAAAUAUGACUUUUGUCUGGGAA